AUGGGCAUACCACAUCAGCUUCCGUAUAUCAUCGACGGAGACGUAAAGCUCGCACAGUCAAGCGUAAUUCUGCGUUACCUGGGUGAGAAACAUGGUCUUGGAGGCAAGGGUGCAAAGGAGCAAGCUGAAAUCGCCAUGGCUGAGGCCGCGAUCAAAGACCUGCGAACUGCAUUUGGAUGCAUUGCUUACAGCCCUAACUACGAAAAAGAACGACCAGAGUUUAUGCCUAAAUAUGAAAAGGGAAUUGAGGAUAUUGCAAAUUAUCUUGGCAAUAAGAAGUGGCUAAUGGGUCACAGCAUCACGUACGUGGACUUUUUACUCUACGAGAACCUCUGCGUUUUUCAAAUUUUCGAGCCGUCUACCUUUAAGAAGCACCCUAAUCUCAAGCAGUAUGUCGAACGUUUUGAGGCACUGUCUAAAAUUAAGGCAUAUUUGGCUUCGAAACGGUUUAUCAGUUGGCCUCUUAACGGAUGGUCUGCAAGCUUCGGUGGUGGUGAUGCCCCUCCAAAGUAA